AUGAGGAGGAUGCGAAAGCCCUAUGAGAAGUCCAAGAAGGCGAAUAAGGCAAAGUUGGGAGAAACUUCUGGGUUAAGACCUCCAGUCCCUCUGGCUGACUCUCCAAGUAAGUCUCUACCUCCUUCCCACUCGGUAAAACUUAAGCCUAUUACUUAUUCUCUUCCUCAAACCAGUCCCAUCUACACCUCAUCUAAAACACCCCCCUCAACCACCAAAACCUCUAAUCCACCAUCUCUCAAAUUUAACCUUGCAACCACCACACUACCCGUUUCUGGAGCAGAAAUGCUAAACAAAACUACCUCACCAUCAUCAUCCUCACCUUCAUCCCCACCAUACUAUGUCCUAUCCUCUGACACCGAACCCUCUGACCCCCAAUCCUCUACUCUAGCUCAGCUUCAAGCUCGUGCUCUGGCCUCUCAACAACCAUCACAACCUGAACCAGAACCAGAAGUCACUUCUCCACCCCCUAAACAACAAAAUCCAGCUACAUCUGAACAACCACAAACACCACCUGCACAACAACCUAAUCCACCUCCUGAACAACCUAUACCCUCACCAUCUGAACCUCAACCAAAUUCACAACCUGAACAAACAACACUAUCUCCUUCUGUUAUUCCCCCACCACAAACCUUCGCUGCCAUCAUCACUCCUAUUCUAAAUACAGAUGACACCGACCAAACUCCACCAUCCUCUCUAGCCUCUAACUCUAACUAUGUCUAUCAACUCUGA